AUGCCUAAUGAGUUCAAGAUCACAACAUUCUCGCUGAACAAGAACGCCAAGGCCACCAAGGCUUGCAGAAAGUGUCGCGAGGCGCACAAAAAGUGUUGUUUCAACGACGAGCUGGACUCCUGCGAGCAAUGCUACAAGGCCCACGAGGCCUGCGAUCUCUCCACACCUAGCAAGAAACGCAAAACAGCUGCUAUUUCCUCCAGCGCUUCCUCCAAUGUGUUCGGGAACGACCGGAUAUACGCGAACGCAAUGAAGAGCUCCGAAAACAAGUUCCAGUUCAUCAACACGGUGCACCCGCUUGCUCCUCUUUUCAGCAACGACUCGUUUCUCACUCUAUCAGACGGAGAGUUUUUCAAUUUAUAUUUUCCUUGGAGAGACCUGUUUUUGCCCGCUCGCGACCAGUACACGCGGCCGCUGAACGUGGAUGAGGAGCUGCUCGAGUACGUUGAGAUGAAAGGAGCUUUCAAAAUGCCUCCGAUCGAGACGCAGCGCAGGUACGUCAUGCUGUACCUCGAUAAUUUGUAUCCUCUGUAUCCGGUGGUAGAUAGAGACAUUAUUGACCAUUUGGACACGACGCCGCCGUUGCUGCUCAACGCAAUGAUGAUGUGCGGCGUCAGAUACGACGCCAAUCUGAAAUCUGCCGAGAUCAGAGAAACCGCCGAGCAGUUACGCCGCAAGUGCGAGCUGCUUAAGCUGUGCGAACUCAACAAAAUUACGCUGAUCCAGGGGUUCUUGCUGAUGAGCAACCAGGAGGAGUCGCCCACAGGACCGCAAGUUGCUCGCGAGUAUGUUUCCCGCGCAUGUAUUUUGAUCACCGACCUGGCGUUGCACAACAACGCAGCACGGAACCAGCUGUCCAGGCUGGAGACAAACACGCUUGACCACAGCACGGGCUCCAUUUUCUUUAGGCUGUCGCACAAGGUGUCGCUGCUUACGCGGCUAUUUUGGACGUCCUUUUGUCUGGACAGAGCGCUAACCGUCACCUCGUCUGCCCCGAUGUUCUACAACACCUUAGACCUGGCUGUGGACACCGUGAAGCUUGAGGAUUUUGACGGCAACAGCAGGGAUUUCGAGAUCUUCCGCCGCUGGUACCAGAUAUGCGACCUGCUAGAGCGAGUUCUAGUGUGUAGGUACCGUCCGCCAGGCAACCGUUCGCUGGAUCUCAACCUCGAAAGAGACAUUUUGAGUCUGUGCGACAGAGGUGUCGACGACGAGACCCGGCAGCUGAUCGGCGACACAUAUACGCGAUUCCUGCAGACAUGCAGCGACUUCUGCGGGAUCAUGUACUUGCGCUCGAAAAUCGACUUUGUCAGCAUCCUGGAAGACGAGGUGGAAGGACAGCAGCUGCUCCACACCGACUCUCCGUUAUCGGACAACAAGAUGCACUAUCUUUCGCGUUUUGCGAGAAACAUCAUUGACCAGAGCAAGGGAGAGCAAGUUCAGCAGAUCAUCACGAUACACGCCGUUCUCCACGUGAUGGUGCUUCUGUACCUGGAAAUUGAAGCGAGGCAGCAGGUACAGACCACGUCACAUGACCCGCUCAUCGUGCUCAACUACAAAAAAACGCUCUUCAGCCACUGUCUUUCGUUUCUGGACGAGAACGGCUGCAAAUGGUUCUUCAGCGCCGCAGGCUACCAUCUGUUCGUGGACCUUAUUUCCUCGCCGCGAAAAAAUAUUAAGAGCUCGCAGGAUCUCCUGUCACUACUGUUUGACACCAACUUGGCAUAA